UUACCUUAUCUCAAUCCGAAGCUGGGAAAACUGGUAUGGGAGAACAUGGCCAGAGCAACAGUGGACAUUCUACCGACAGUACAGAUAGUGCAGAUGAAGAUGAAGGACCAGUUGAUGGUGGACUAGUUGGAAACACUAAUACAAAUGGUGGUGGAAAACAUGGCCAGAGUAAUAGUGGUCCCUCCAUUGAUAGUUUAGGUAGUGUAAGUGAAGAUGAAGAAGGACCUGUUGGUGGUGGAUAUAGUGGAAAUAUUGAUACAAAUAAUGGUGGAGAACAUGGUCAUAGUAAUGGUGGAGGACAAGGCCAGAGUAACAGUUGUCACUCGACUGACAGUUUAAGUAGUACAAGUGAAGAUGAAGGAAGACCAGAUGGUGGUGGACAUGGUGGAAAUAAUAAUGCAAAUAGUGAAGUACAUGGUCAUAGUAAUAGUGGUGCAGGACAUAGCCAGAGUAACAGUGGUCACUCGACUGACAGUUUAAGUAGUACAAGUGAAGAUGGAGGACCAGAUGGUGGUGGACAUGGUGGAAAUAAUGAUGCAAAUAGUGGUGAAGAACAUGGUCAUAGUAAUAGUGGUGGAGGGCAUGGCCAGAGUAACAGUGGUCACUCGACUGACAGUUUAAGUAGUACAGGCGAAGAUGAAAGAGGAUCAGAUGGUGGUGGACAUGCUGGAAAUACUAAUGCAAAUAGUGGUGAAGAACAUGGUCAUAGUAAUAGUGGCGGAGGACAUGGCCAGAGUAACAGUGGCUACUCCACUUCUAGUUUAGGUAGUGUAGAUGAAGAUGAAGGAGAACCAGAUGGUGGUGGACAUGGUGGAAAUAUUAAUGCAAAUAGUGGUGAAGAACAUGGUCAGAGUAAUAGUGGUCACUCGACUGACAGUUUAAGUAGUACAGGCGAAGAUGAAAGAGGACCAGAUGGUGGUGGACAUGGUGGAAAUAUUAAUGCAAAUAGUGGUGGAGGACAUGGCCAGAGUAACAGUGGUCACUCGACUGACAGUUUAAGUAGUACAGGUGAAGAUGAGGGAGGACCAGAUGAUGGUGGAAAUAAUAAUGCAAAUAGUGGUGAAGAACAUGGUCAUAGUAAUAGUGGCGGAGGACAUGGCCAGAGUAACAGUGGCUACUCCACUUCUAGUUUAGGUAGUGUAGAUAAAGAUGAAGGAGAACCAGAUGGUGGUGGACAUGGUGGAAAUACUAAUGCAAAUAGUGGUGAAGAACAUGGUCAGAGUAAUAGUGGUCACUCCACUGACAGUUUAAGUAGUACAGGCGAAGAUGAAAGAGGACCAGAUGGUGGUGGACAUGGUGUAAAUAAUAAUGCAAAUAGUGGUGAAGAACAUGGUCAGAGUAACAGUGGCUACUCCACUGCUAGUUUAGGUAGUGUAGAUGAAGAUGAAGGAGAACCAGAUGGUGGUGGAUAUGGUGGAAAUACUAAUGCAAAUAGUGGUGAAGAACAUGGUCAGAGUAACAGUGGCUACCCCACUGCUAGUUUAGGUAGCGUAGAUGAAGAUGAAGAAGUUGGUGUCGGAGAUGGUGGAAAUACUAAAGCAAAUGGUGGUGGAGAACAUGGUCAGAGUAACAGUGGUCAUUCCACUGACAGUUUAGGUAGUGCAGAUGAAUAUGAAGAAGGACCAGAUGGCGGUGGACAUGGUAGAAAUACUACUACAAAUGGUGGUGGAGAACAUAACCAGAAUAACACUGGUCACACCACUGACAGUUUGAAUAUUACAGAUGAAGAAGUAGAAGAACCGAUUGAUGUUCAUGGUGGAAAUACUAAUACAAAUGGUAAUGGGGAUCUAGGCCAGAGUAGCAGUGGUCAAUCAAGUGAUAAUCCAGGUAGAGCAGAUGAAGACGAGGAAGGUCAAAUAGAGGGAACUCAAGGUGGUAAUAUAAAUGAUAAUGAAGAACAGGAUGAGAAUAAUGGUCAACUAUUAAAUGUUGAAAAUGUACAUGAAGUUCAUGAGCAGGUACUUACAACACCCACCUAUAACAAUAUUUGGUACAAAAGAGUAGUUCCUUUAGAAGGUGAUGUUGGAGCACAGCAUGCAGAUUUAACUACCCAAAAAGCAUUUGAAGAAAUGAACAGCAUCAUUUCGGAGAGUUCUACUGUUGCAAUCAGUAUAGCAGCUGCUGUUGGUGUAGGAGGGAUAUUCGCUGUUCUGGGAAGACACUUGUACAAGAGAAUGACAAAUAAGGUGUCAUACCAAGCACAAUCACCGACAUCGAGCCAGUCUGAUUUGGUGAACGAGAACAGUGAUGGGGAUGUAGAAUCGGCAGAGAAGAACGACAAUGGGGCAAAGCGAGCAGAUGAACUAAAGGACUUGUACGUACUACUCUCACUUAACAUGGAUGCCGAAAGUCCGUUAAAACUGAAACCUGCCAAGGUAACACGAUUGACAACAAACUGGAAUAAAUGUCUCAAGUGUCAGAGAGAUACCCCAGAAACAUUGAGUAAAGCAUCAGCACAUAGUCAAAUUGAAUUUCCUUGGAGUGAUUGGUAA